AUGUUUCUUCUGACAAACACGUCUUCCGCGCCAACUCCUCGGAUCUUCGACACUCUGGUGUCUGGAGAGACUACGGGACUAGAAGUUCCAAGGGACCUUAUAGCCGGCAUUGGGGCAGGCACAGGGGCCAUGCAACUGGUCAUCAACGUGCACACAGACAGCCAUGGCAACAUCGAGUGGAAUCUUCUCACGUCCCGCCUCGAAGAUAUGGAGGGCUUAUCGUAUCGUCGCCGAGCGAUAAAAGGGGGAAUUCCUGCGGUGGAGUGCGUCGGGAAAGGCAUUUAUUGCGACGCGCGCGUCCGGAAUAGUGAGAGGACGCGG